CGCCGGUCCGCCCCCGGGAACGAUCGACACAGUCGAGCGCGCGCGCGACCGUUAUCCAACCGACCGAAUUUCAAAUUCAAAAUCGUCAACGACCGCCGAGCAGCAGCCGCCGUCUCGCCGUCGUCGUCCGCGCGAAAACCUAACAGCUUGUGUAUUUUUUUUUCCUUUCAAAAAAAAAAAUAAUAUUUUCAAACCGUCGUUUUUCGCUGCUACCACCGCCAUCAUCCGUCGACCGGCUCGUCAAUACGUUCUCCGGCUCACGAGUCACGAAACACAUAAACGCGCGGACUUGGUCGUGCAAUUCUUUCGUCGUCACAGAGGCGCGAGCAAGUAACAUACACACCACCAGCACACGGACUUUCGGCCAUGGUGUUGUCAGACGUCAACGGAAACGGUAAGAAAUCGGCGGCCGAACGGUGGCUGAGACAGCGCAACGGGCAGCGGGCGUCGGCCGUCCGAUGCAUUUUCGGGCCGCCCGAGAAACGGGCCCAUCUCAUGGUGAUCAUGCGGAACGAGGCUGAAAUGGAGCGAAAACGGAUCGAGUUCGCGGCCCGGUACGAGCCGGUGGGCAUGUCGCCGAGCGAGCGGCGCAACUUUUUCGCGGGACUGAUCAAAUCACCGCCGAAUCAUCAUUACAACAACGAACAUAGUACAAAAAAUUUGAAAGGCGAUAAUCGCAAUCACCACUACCAACAACAGCAACAGCAACACCAUCAUCACUAUUACCAGCAACAAAAGCAGCAAAAGAACAAUAGUUUCAAUCAACCACCCGACGACGAAAGAAAUUGACUACGAAAUUGACCAACUAUUGUGCGUGAUGGGGGGAUGUAUCAUAAAUCGUAAUCGAUAUUAUAAUAUAUUGUGUAACAUUGUACCUAAAUCGCAACGAUCUCUAGCCCCACAACUCGUACAACUACAGAAAAGACCAUUUGUCCGUUUCCUUCUACAUCUGUCUACGUUAUGAAUCGUCUCAUUUGCUACACGAAAUCCGCGCGUAAUUAAGGUUUUUGGGUGUAUAAUCGGGUUAUUAAUAUUAAAAGUGUAUUAAUUUUUUUAUUUCAUUUUCGUUCCGUUCAAAGUGCUCGUGGCGUAUGGUUUCACGUCUGCCAACGAUCACUUUGUACCUAUUAUAUUUUAAUACCUAUAAUAAUAUUGUUUAGACUUAUUGAAACUUGACGCUCACUACGGGUCCACAACGUAAUUUAUUGUAACAGAGUACAUAUAUUAUUUUUAUUUUUAUUAAAUUAUAUUGUUUGCGUGUUGUUGUCCGAGUUUUGCACUCACAAUACAUGAUGCUCGAGUGUGCAUGUAAAAUAAAUAUUAUGUUAUAUUAAUGCGAGUAAUAAGAAAAAAAAAGAGAAAACAUUCGACACAUAAAUAUUUGUACAACUUAACAAUCGUCCUGAGUAGUGUUUGUGUGUGUAACAACGUACGUAAUAAUUAUUUACUCCCUGCAUCUAUACGAACUCAGAUAGAAAAGGUCAAUAAAACUAUAACAAACAACUCGGUUCAACUAUAGAUUCGAAUAAUAAUCGUAAAAUCAUUUAAUUUUAUUACGUUGUACUCUUUUUUUUUUUUAUCGUCUCGUCUUCGUGUACUGUCAUUGCUAGGCCAAAAACGCUAAGAUUUUACAUAUAUAAUUAAUUUAUAUACAUUUUUAAACACAUUUACUCCCUUUUUUCUCUCUUUUAAAAUGUAUUCAUCACCAGAUACUCAAUCGCAGCUAUAUAUGACUAUAUAUAUUAGCUGUUAAAGAAAUAUUAUAUGCAAUAUAAAUGCUAGUCCAAUUUGUUACGGUGAGAAAAAAAUAUUUAUGCGUUAUUAAAGUAAUGUAUAUUAAACAUAUACAUUAAUGAGAUUAUUAUAUAUUUAUUUACAAAUAUUAUUAUUAUUAUUUAAUUAUUAUUAUUAUAUAUUUUUUUUUCUAAUCAAUAAAUUAGCGAUUUUAAUAUGCAUAAAUUUAUAUAGAUACCUAUUAUUAUUUUAUAUGGUUAUUUACUUGAUAUAUUAAUAUCAUAUACGGCCAUAAUGGACAUUUUUUAUUAUAUAGACAUGAACACUGAUUUGUAUUUGUGACACAUUAACUAUUAUUAUUAUUAUUAUUAUUAUUAUUUUAAUUUUGACUAUUUUAAAUAUUUAAAUUAUUAUUAAAACUUAGACGAUAUUGAUGAUAUAUUUAGAUUGUAAGUAGUAUAUAUUUAUAGAAAGUAGUGCGUAGAAAAAUAAUAUAACACGCGGAAAGUGUCAUUGAGAAUUAUAUUAUUAUAUAUUACAUACGUUGGUGUUUGACGAAAAAAUAUAUUAACAACUUUUUGUGUUUUUAA